AAAGUUGUACUACACAGAUAUUAGCAAUGUCUGGACGUGGUAAAACAACCGGAAAGGCUCGCGCCAAGGCCAAGACCAGGUCAUCCCGGGCCGGACUCCAGUUCCCGGUGGGUCGUGUCCACAGGCUGCUCCGCAAGGGCAACUACGGUGAGCGUAUCGGCGCCGGUGCUCCCGUCUACCUGGCGGCCGUGCUGGAGUACCUGACCGCCGAGAUCCUGGAGUUGGCGGGGAACGCAGCCCGCGACAACAAGAAGACCAGGAUCAUUCCCCGCCAUCUGCAGCUGGCCGUCCGCAACGACGAGGAGCUCAACAAACUCCUGGGAGGCGUCACCAUCGCCCAGGGCGGCGUGUUGCCCAACAUCCAGGCGGUUCUGCUCCCCAAGAAGACCGAGAAGGCUUCCAAGAAGUAAACUGUUGACUUUCAACAACACCACAAAAGGCUCUUUUAAGAGCCACACAAAUCUUCUUUGAGUCAAAUAUCCUCUUCAAACAUAUGAUCUAUAUGUAAUGUACAUUAAACAUUUGUAACUAACAUAACUCAAAGUA